GGAAAUUUCAAUGGACUACAAGCACAGCUUGACACUCCAGCAGAAUUAUAAUGUUAAUAGCUAAACAUUAAACAAGGAAUCGACCUAAUAUUGUGAAUGAAGUUUGUUAGAUUAUAUCCCCAAAAUACUGUAGUAGACAAAUAUGAUCCUUGUCACAGUUUUAGUGCACUAAAAUUGAUCGAGAGUUAGGUGGGAGCAGGUAAAGAGAGUAUCGACUUUGUUAGAGACACGCUAAUAUCAACAGAGCUGUCCAUGGAGAGAAAGAACAGUCAUAAUGUCAAAGAUGAAAACCAGGAGCCCUUUCAAAAAAAGAAAAGUGCACUGCCAUUGCCAGUCAGAAAAAUAUCCAAAAGAAAGAUUUUGGGGCCACUUCCUUUACAACCCCACAAAAAGGAAACAGGAUCUAAAAAGGCAUCAGCACAAGCAUUUUGUGUGAAUGAGACCUCAGCUCAUCUGAUCAAUGAGAAGAGCUUGGAACCCAUACCUCAACAUGCAUCUUUGCUCGAGGAGCAACAGGCAUUUGGCAUUGAUUUCCAGGUUGACGCAAGCUCACUAAAAAGCAUUCAAGAAAAUGUAGGAAUUCAGGCCACCCGCUGUCCUAUAGAUAGCAGCAAGAAAAAUCCACAGGCACCGGGACGAGUUUUAGUAGAAGGCACUCCUCUUUCUACACCUCUGAAGGUGCGGAACUCAGUGUACUGCCAAGGUCCAACAGUUCGAAUGUCCCUAGCUGAGUCAUGUCGCAGUUACCAAAAAAAGUUAAGAACUGAGGCUGGUUUGGAAGAAGCAUCAGCAUCACCCAAAUUAUUGUGUACACCCAAGACUUCACUUGUGGCUGACUCUCCCUUGCUCAAAAGUCUAAAGAGUGAAAAGCAACCAAGGUCAGUCUAUCCGAAGUACACCCAGCGGUUUCUUAUCAAGGACUUUGUAGGUUCAUCUGUUAGCCGUGAAGACUGCCCAUCUACACCUGACAUGAUGCAAAAGGUUCAUGCAUCAAAAAGUUGCCAUUCUCUUGUCAAAAGUGUUCAGAAGGCCAGUUGGAACACCCCAUUACGUGUGCCUAAAACCCCUUCAAGUGUUACAAUGGGAUCUUUCUCCAGGAUCAGAUGUGAUCCACAGACCAGUGGGCGUGCUGCAGCAAGAAUCUUUGCCACAGAGUCCAGGAAAAUUCAUCAGAAGAGGCUUGUGUGGGCAGACAUCCUCAGCAGCCCCGAACUUCCGCUGUCGACCUUAAAGCUAAGCGAAAGCACACCUGGAGAAGACUUCGGAAGUUCUAAUCGUCACGACACAGAAGACAACCACGACAGGCGCGGCGGGGACGGGCGGCGGCCAGGCGGCAGAGGCGCGGCGGGGCGGCGGGAGCGAGGACACGGGCGAACGGCACAGGGCGCACGGCAACCCCGCACUGCGCGUGCUGCUGCUGAUGAUGAUGAUUCAUCCCCCGCAGUGACUCACCCUCCAGCCUGGUCCCAGCGCUCUUACUACUACCACGGCCACUACCACCUAUACAGCAGUAGCAGCAACAACAGCAGCAGCGAGACUGGAGCCCUCAGUGGCGGGUGUGCAGCGACACAGGUUGUGAGAGUGAACAGCAGCACAGCGCCCGGCCCCCCGGCCUUCACGCCCGCCACUGUGGCGGGUGGCGGUGACAACGGUGUUGCGGCCGGAGGGGAAGGCAGGAGGGAGGUGGAGUUAAGGCGGCGGGCAGAUGCGGUCCCCAGACCAACUGGGGGGUCAGCUGACGGCGACGCCGCCUUCUUGGCGCGUUUACAGGCCUUAAAGGAAGAGGAGAAUCGAAUCCAGAAUGAAAUGCAGUUGCUGACGAUGGCCAUGCAGAGGGAGCACGAGGGGGACAGCAAUGGCAAUCAUCUCAAGAGCACCACGGCAUCCUCCACUGGCACCACUGCAUCCACCGUCUGCCAGUGCCCGCCUGCAGCUAGACCAGCCGCCCAGCUCGAUGUGCAGCUUGAACUUGAAUGCCCGGAGCGCUCGCUGACGAUCUCGGCCCCACCAUCUGUCUCGUGGCCAUGCGAACUACAGAACGCCGCCUUCCAGACAGACGCAGGUACAAACAACAGUGGCGUGCUGUGUCCACCGGCAGAUAUCAACUGCAAUCCACUAGGUCCCGCAGGGUCCGACGAAAUGGAGGAGAAGGAUGCAGAAAAUGACGCAAGGGGUGGGGUCGGGGAAAGGCUCCUGCUGGCGCACGCCCUGGCGGCCACACAGGCUGCCUUUGGAGAAGAAGGUUCGGAUAGGGACGAUGAGGAGAGUGGAGACGAUAGUUUGGGCUCGUGCAACGCUCUGUACCGCCUUCAGACCAGCAUCCUGGUCUCCACUACAACCACGCUACAAGCAGAUCACUCUACAGUUAAUGAUUCAGUUACUUCCUCUGAUACCUCGGUAGGGGAAUCUACUACUGGACGAAGCCCACACCACAAGCAGCUAACGACGGACAGUCGGUCGCCUAAGAACCGUCUUGCGUGGCAGAUCAGUGCUCAGCCUUCAGGGUCAGUAUCCUCACGCUUUGCGGCCCUUUCCUCGUGGCCCACACAUCCUAGUGCUCGACACAGUGUUGACAUGGAGACCGAUGACCAGCUGUCUUUAGAACAUGAUGCCCCGAGCCUCAGGAAUCAUGCAGACGUGAAGCUAGUGGCAGCGAGAGCGACUGACGCUAAGGCACACGACUCACAUGAGCUCCCUCACCUCCCUGGAUCUCACGGCGGGGAGUGCAUCACCCCAGUCCUCAUCACUCCAGUUUCCCUCGUCCCGUCGUCUGCCGAAAGGGGGCGAUGUGAAUCAUUGCGGAUGACCCCGCCAAUCUGGACGGCCUUGGCCUUGCGUCUUGCCGCCAGCACGCAAGAGGAGGCACCAGCGGGUCGUCAGUGGCGCGGCGCGGUAUCGCACCGUCCUGCCGCGUCCCGCCUCGCCUUGCCGUGUCUGGCCGAGCUGGAGGACGUGGUUAAGGCCAUGAACAGGAGCGUGUCUCUGUCGCCCAAACUCUCACAUAAGGUCAGCCCCAGCAAGCGCGCCCCGAUGAUCAGUCCCAACAAACUCGCCCACAAGGUCAGUACCAACAAGCGUGUUUUGACCCGGCGCAACCGCAGCGCGUCGCCAGCCUCACCCCUUGGCGGCAGUAUUGCCGCGCGGUCACCGCGAAGAGCUCGGCUGCGGCGUGCGGAGGCAGCGAGUGGCCUGGGCACGGCUUUGCGAGAGGUGGACGUCUUCCUAGAAGCUCUCCUGGAAGACGAGUGCGCACUGUACGCCGGCCGCCUGCAGGCCUUCUUCCGUCACGACACUGCCUGCGACCGCACAGAGCUCCCGGACCCUGUUGCCAAGAUUCUUAACGAGGGAGACGAUAUGCAUUUUGUACCAAUCCGUCAAGAAGCGGGUCUUCUGGCUGCCGUGGAAGGUUCUGCCUUUUCCUACUACAUCCCAACAUGAGGGCCUGGGAGGACAAGCCCGAGUGCACAGGGCAUACAAGACAGUCGGACUGUGGGCGCUCUCCUUGUGUUGUAUUGCAUCCUGCUUGGACCAGCAGACAUUGUCUAUAUGUCGGAGUGAACUAGGGAGGGAACGUGUGAUAAUAGGAAAGCGUAGUUGCCGGCAUAACGAUGAGGCUGUCAUAACUUGAGACAAGUUUCCUAAUAGGGUUCACAUGCCGGUAUACGGAAGGUGUCGCAGCAAGACGCAGUGGCGACCCUUCACUUAUCCUCCUACUUCUCCCACCCACCCACCGCUUGCGCUUGAUAACCUGUAGAGAUCCGCUCAGCCAACAGAUGAUGGUGCUGCCAGAUGGUCGGUUCAGGGAUGAGAGUGACUUUUUUGUGUUGUGAGCGUCAUCAUGGGUUUCCCGGCGCUUUUGAGCGAACUGCCCCUCCUCCUCCUCCUAGUGGUGCGCAGGUCUUUGGAGUAUUGGACCUAUAAUGAGUCCCCUAGGAACUGCCAACUGAUAAUGAGUUAACUUGCCCCAGAUACCCGUGUCUGGCGUUGGGGUAGACGGCAAUGGGGUGGCUCAAUUUAUCCAGUACAUUGUAACAAAUCCUAGGCGUUCUGUUAGCAAACUGAACAGAUUUUGUGGUUGCUACCUAAGUUGAGGUCACACUUGAAAUCCUUGUUAUGGUUUUUACACUUCAUCAUUAUUAAGCCAGAGCGUGUUGCGUGUUCAUAUUUCUCAUGGACAGGCUAUAAGCAGAGUUUUUCAGUCUUCCAGUCCUCAGAAACCAACAGAUAUUUCACCGUUACGACUCUCCCUUUCCAUCCAUCUGUACCUUGUGCAGAGUAGGAUCGUGCCGUAGUCUCGCAGCCGAUGCCAUGGUGACCAAAGCUGGCUACCACACGGCGUUCGACGUGUGCAGGAGAAACCAAAGACACUGCUAGAGUCUGUGCACGUGAUGAGAGCUUGCAGGAGUUGGCCGACACAGGGUUGAUCACGUCUUUGGCGGUGUCCAGCCAUUGAUUCACAUCUCCAAAGAACGAUUGACCUUGCUUGUUUUUGCUUCAUUUACUUCUUACUGUCAUCCUUGAUUGAUACGUAGUCUUUUUUCCCCAACCCCAACCUCUCUCCGCGUUUGUUUUACUUCUUUUUUCAAAUCCUUUUAAUGAAUUUUUAGAUGCAUUUAUUACUUUUCAAGUCGCUUAGUCGGCGGGUUUCUUGUUGGCCUUGAUGGCCCGUGUAGGUGAAAACUGAAGGGGGAGGACGAGAAGCGGUGCCAGCAGUUCAUUGACGACCUCUCAAACACCGCGCACAGUAAUAAAUAUAGUUAGUAAGCAAAUGGCAUACACUGGACGUUCACUCGUAAAACUUGUAGUAGGCAGUAGUAUUUAUUGUCUGAAUGUUAUUAUCAGCCAUGUCUGGGUGGUAUAUACAUUGAUUACAGUAAGCAGUCUUCUUUAAGUAGUACACUCACGUUGGCAGCAGUCUUGCCUAGAAAGGGGACUGUGACGAUUGUUAGCAGUCUUGGUUAGAUAAUACAUGCUAACUGUAUUUUUAGCAGUCACUAGAUAUCAGACAGAUGCUAACAGUAUUGUAAAAUGCCAUGACCGGGUAGUAUACUAAUAACGAACUGCAAGCAGUCUUGACCGGGUAGCAUACUAACAGUCAUUGGCAGGACGGUUGGCUACGUCCUCCUGUAGUGCGGUCAGUGAGUUCCCCUCACGCAUGGGCAUGGCCGCGAUGACAUGGUGAAGGUGCUAGCGACAUGGACGUGGACGUGUCAAUGCUGAUAUUACUGGGGUCUUACUGAGACUCAGACCUGUCAGUGUAGACAUGCGCAGGGGCAUUGUCGGAUGUGUGCAGAUGACGUACAGACUUAGCGGUUUGUAGACCAAAAAAGAAGAGGGAGGUAUAUGUGAUGCUUCCUCCUGUCUUUUUUCUGUUUUAUUUUUUCGAUUAGUGUUAUGCAUGCUGAUUUUUUUCAGCUUUACGUUUCUUUAUGUUUAAUCUUCUUGAUGGUAAAAGUGUGGGAAUGUUCAAAGCUGAAACUGGCAGCGACCAGCCCAAGACGGAGGAGGCAAAAUCUGACGCUGAAGUAGAACUAGGCAGUGCAGACUCUUCUUAGCUGCCGCAGUAAACAGAGUAGACUGGUUUACAGCUGCCAGGGUAAACAUGAGCUGCUAUUCAUGUACAACCCGCAACUAUUGCUUCCAUGGCGUAUAAAACCUGCGCAUUCCUUGUUUACAUUUUGCUGAUUUCUCUGUUACUUGGAGGGAGAAAGUUUAAUUACAUUCAAAGGCCCAAGUGAGCCAGUGGCUCAAACGUAUGAUAGGAGAGCAGACAUCCUAUCCAAAGCUCAGACCUUUUAUAGGAGAUCACACUAUCAAAGGCUGUGACGUUUUGUAGGAGACCAGAAAAACUAUCCACUGUGAAAAAAAAACUGUGAUCUCGGAGUGUGGAGAGAUAUCUUAUUGACAAGACUAUCGUACAGUAUCAGGGAGGGACAUGCUUCUGAAAUUCAUAGACCAUUGACACUAUGGCAGGGUCAAAGACAGUCUCACAGAGUCAAGGACAGUGCUACUAAUAAUCUACCAGGGUGCAAACAGGGAAGUGUGUAGAGACGAUCGAAGCAAUAGACAUUAGGGAUAAUUAAAUGCAUAAAAGCGUGGAAGAAUGUGGUUCGCCGUUACCAUUACCUCUCCCCCCCCUGCUAGUGAGCCCCAUGCCAGGGCACGUGACCUAACCAGUGAGCUAGUUAGUGGUAAGGGUGUAACGUUGACAUAACCAACUGUAAGCAGUCUUGACCGUAAAAUUGCGUGAGCGCACGUCACUUGUAUGCAUUGGCUGAAGAGAGCUACUGACCCUUGACCCUAACUGCUGCUAUUGGCGAACUGCUGGGCCGCGAAGGGAACGCUUCUGACUACUUGCUUCAGUCCAGUCUUUCAUGAGAAGAGAGGCCAUAGUCAGUUCUUUUGUUUGUCAAGUUCCACAUGCUUCCCUUUAAAAUCCUACGUAGACAAUACACUAUGACCAACAUCUACAUCGUUUCAGAUAAAGUAACUAAAAAAAAAUUUAACAGGUUUAUUUGAAAUACAUAUAACUUACAAUAUAGAAGUGUUCCAAGUUCCAAGAGUGUCCCUCGCAAUUGUAUAUUUUCAGUUGGAAAAGUUUAGUUAUUGAGCAUGCCCAGGGAUAAGAGUGUGUGAAGGCGAUAUUGGUGACGUGUUGGGAGUGCAAUCCUGUCCUAUUGCCCGUUUUCAGUAUGUGUUGGCAUCAAGUGUCAAGUGUAAGACGUGAUUACAUAUUUAAAUAUAGCCAAUUGCUAUGUCCUGUGCAUAUUGUAAAACAUUACCAUCCCUCUAUCUCAUCCUCUUCUCCACUUAAUUCGAUCCAUACGUUAAACUAAUAUUUAUUUUGUAAACGUCUGUGCCAGAGCGUAUCACCAAAGAGGUUAUUGCUAGGUUUUCUGAAGACAGAGCGUCAGACAGAGAGGUAUGCGAGGCUAGGUGAGAUAGGUUGCCGCCGGCAUAUUAGGUUACCUGUGAGAUCUCAUGCUAGCUUGUCCUGCUGCUGGUCGGUGUGCCUGUAGACUGUAGUGUGCAUGCUACAGAUCCUUUUUCCUAGUGGGUCCUAAUAAAGCACGCGCUGGUGGUGUGCUUCGGGUAGGACCCUAUCAGGGCGCAUGUAAACGCAUAUUGUUUCUUGUACCCUCUCCACCUGGUUUUUAGAGCAUGCGUCUAGCCUGCGAAUUGUUUUGUGCGUGCUGGGGUCGGGAGGAAUCUUUGUCAGCCCCUGGGCACCUCCUCCUCCCUCCAAUCAGUGCCACUUGCGCGCGUGCGGCCUGGAGCACUGGCGUGAUACUGUGGAGAUGCCCGAGCUGUGAUAGUGUCAUCAGUGACCGCGGGAUGGGGGUGGUGGAGGGGUAGGGGUUGUGAUGACAACUGUGCACCCAGCGAGCCUGUGAUAGAGGUGUGUGGGAGACAUUGGGCUGUUCAGAGCGUUGUGAUGAUAAUUGUGUGUGUGGCUAGCCUGUGAUAGUCGCACGUCACAAUAACAGUUUAAUGGACGUUGACAGUGCUAGUCUCUGAACGACUCAGGGCCCUCAGGAGUGUUGCUACUUAUUUGUGUACCUCACGUACAGUCUACAUAACUGGGUGUGGCAUGUGAUACUGGGCCUGUCUGCUUGUGUGUUUUUACCAACUACGGUUGAGUGCGUUAGAGUGAAAAUGAUACAAGUCGUCUCUCCCACACUCGAUGUGUUUUGUUAAUGUUUUAGCCUGAAUGGCAUAGUUUGUCCCGUUUUGUCUGUAACCCAAGCCUUUCCUCUAUUAGAUACAGGGUGCGGGCAGUGGCGGCUAGGACUGAUGAGUGUUGCCAGACGUCCUUGGCUGUUUGUUUGCUGCCGACUUAUUUGACUGCGUUGGAAGAGUGCCUUUUCUGUUAUCAGACUGAACUAUCUGUACGUUUUGCAUUGAACAUGAACUGAAUUGUUUGAACUGACAUGUUUCCUUUUUAUGCAAAAGGUUGACUUUGUUUUUGUCCAAACAUUUGUCUGAACUUGUUUGUGCUGCUGGUUUGUUAUCAGUGCUGUCGUCUUGCCUGUUCUUUGUCUCUAUUGACUUUCAUCCUUAUUAACGACGAGUGGUCACAUUGUAACAGCUGUGAACAUUGUCUGUCUCUCUCACUUGCGCCCUCCUGGACAGUUUUAUAAGGCAGCCCAACAGGUGAGGGUAAGGCUCUUCUGUGCGCCAUCUGCGUGUAACAUCAUAAGAUCUCAUCAUGUGUGUCGUGGUUACGUCACACACUAGCUACCUUAGCCAUGCUGCUCACAAUUAAAACUGCAGGAAGCUCAAGUAACCUUUGACAGGACUAUGCAAGCGCUUCAGACUUAAGUGUAUCUGUGGCUGUAGUGUGCGCGCAGAGCUUUGUUGUCUAGCAGCACACUGCGCGCAAACAGACUUUGUUUACGACCAGCACAUCGCGCGCAAACAAACUUUGUUUACGACCAGCGCAUCACGCGCAGAAAGAGCAGUAAAACGUUACAUGCUGACAGCACUAUGCACACAACACCUGAGCUUUAAUGGCUGACAAUAUUAUGCAAUGAAUGCGAAAGCAAUAACUCCCCUGCAUUCCCCAACCCACCCCCCGCAUCCCCACUGAGAUAACUUGAGUACAGGCCACGAACUGUUUGGAUGUUCAGGUCGCACGUGUCACAGACUGUUGCUUUGUUUUUUGUCUUUGACCUGACCUCCCCAGCGCUUCUUCAAUUCUAGCUCAGACUCUCUCAGCGUUCUAAUUUUUGUUAUAUUCUUUGUGUUGAAGAAAGAAAAAUGUUAAAGUGCUUAACUAAAAAAAUGUGUACAUAAGACAUCGUGCAUUUCACCAUUUCUUGUAGUGACAAGAGGUUAUACUGUAUCAGUGACGUACUCUCUCCGUGUUUCUUGUAGUGACAGGACAUUAUUCUGUGUCAGUAGCGUGUAUUCUUUGAAGUCUGCACGUAGUACUCGCAGGCUACAAGUCUGAGGACGCGUUGAUCAGUGACGUAACCUUCCUGGACAGGGGUUAACGCAGUGACAUGACACGCUGGCCUGUACUUGUAGGUAGAUUAGUGCCAGUGACAUGACACGCUGACCUGUACCUGUAGGUGGAUUUGCCCCAGUAACGGCGAGCCAACCCUUGUGUGUGUGUUCCGCCUCCUGUCGGGAGGCACCAGCAGCAGUGACAGUGCCAGGACAGUGCCAUUCCACAUUAACAGCCCUGCCCUGGCCUUCUGAAUGAGACCGACAGAUCUCGACCUUAACACUACCAGAAAGACUAGUAUAGGCAGAAUUAAAAAAAAAAAGACCUAGCUGGCAAAAUUAUUAUAAAAUAAGUUUUUUUUAGACGAAGGCUAUAUACGUUAUCCCCAUUUAGAAAUGUGUGUCACGGGGACUUUCAGUACUUUAGCACCCGCGUUUACAUAGCAGACUUCUAUCAGCUGCUUUUUCACACCUGUAUUCUGUGAAUAAUGGUGAACAGUAUUGGGGAGGUUAUUUUUUGUAACCUCGGUCUGCUGUCACAAGUCUAGGUGGUUACCGGCGUUUUCCGGCGUUUUCAGAUGUAUCACAUUCGUGAUGUCAGUUCAAACAAGGUGAUAAUUGAAGGGAAGCAACUCUUUGUUGAAAUCUGAAUAUGGAUCGCUUGUCUCCCCUUCUAGUCUGCCUUCCUCUCAAUUUUCACAACUGCUUCAGUAGGUAGGUAAUGUCCGUAAGGGACAGUCCACCCUGAGACUAAGUGGUUCACCGUGUGUAAUUGAGUGUAGUGUAAUUGUACACUAAAGUGUGUAAGGCAGGACACGUGAACGGCGAAACUAUCCUUUGCGCUGCCGUCUACCUUCUGACGAAGCAGGUAGCCAUUUGGUGGUGUAGGGAGGUGGUUUGUGGACCGCUGACCUUUAGCCUACAGGUUCACUGCGCCCUGCACUGCUGUUGUCUUCAGCCAGUCAUUUUCUACUCUUGUUUUCAUCCAAUAAUUUGAAGUUUUCACACUUUCUUGCGUGGCGAUGAUGGGUUUGCAUGUAUGCGCCUCAGAGAGGGUCAUCAACUAGUGACCUUAUCCAGCUGGCCUACAUGCAAUCACUCACAUAUAAUUAUAAGUUAUCUCAGAUAUUAAUAUUUCACAACUUUCUCUUAGAGACAAAUGCAACAGAACUCACUGGGGAUGUUGGCUGAGGACUAUUUGAUGCGUGUGGUUGAAGUGUGUAGCUUGGCCAAUGCUGUCAAGAAAGAAAUUCUUUUAAAAGUUUGUCGAGGUUUCCUUUACGAUGUGUGUAAGGUUUCUGAGUCUGGGGAACAGCUCUACUGUCAACCGAAAAGCUGUGAUGCCAGUUACACUGUUAGUUACAUUUGUUACUGUCUACGAUAUCCGGCUUUUCCUUUACAACUGUUGGAUUUCCGUAAAUACGAUACUGGAGUCACUGUUUGCUAGUUUGGGGGAUUAUCAUUCUAAAAGAAGACAUUUUUGUGCACGAAGACGUGCGUUAGUACGUGUAGUCAUCGUAUUUCAUUUGUACUCAACUUUCAGCUUGCUGUUGCCCAAUACUUUCACUUGACUGUCAGCUUGCUACUGUCUGAUUAGUCACUUGUAUCAGCUUGUUAGCACCAAGUGUGUCACAAGAGUAGACAGCCAUUCUUGUCUGUGUUUGAUGUAUUGGUAUAUUGUAUUCACAUGCUACUCAACAGUUUUAGUCUUUCUUAAAAACUGCCAGUCUACUGUGAUGGAAACAACUGGGAGGCGUAUCUUUUCUGGUCGAUUUACCUGUGAUUAUCUUAGAUGUGAUUGUACUCAUGUACCUACAGUUCUUAAGUGUGUCCAGCGUCUGCGUGUCUCUGGGAUGUUUCUUGUAAUCCUAGCUUUACCUCGUUCACUCGCAAGGAAGUGUUUGCAUUGUGAUCGUGUAGCUUCUACGAUUGUAAUGUUACCUAGGUAACAUCAGCGGGGACAAACCCCUUGCCUCUGGUAAUCUUUUUUGUUUUCUUUCGUUUUCUCGCGAAGACUGGCUUGUGUUUUUCAUUCACUUCCUGUCUGAGUUGUCACAUGCCAUGCUAAUUUAGUCGCCUGCCAUGUUUAUUUAGUCAUACGAAAAGCCUUGUGUCACGUCCACAUCACAGCCUCGCCAUAGACCAUCAAGGGUACAUCUGCUUGUAGUAGGGUGACAUGGUGGAGCUUGGUACAUUAUCGUGGUUCCUGAUGCUCCAUCACUUUCUGUCAGCCUCAUCCCUGCUGUUUCCCCCGCUUCUCACAAUCGACCUGGUAUUUAGUGUUCCUUCAGCAUCUCUCUGUCGGCAUGGCUUCGCUGAGAAUCUCUCGUCCUGGUGUUUCUGCAUCAUCUCUUUAGGUGUACCUUCAACUCCUAUCUGAUACUCUCUGUAAUUAGUCGUGCGUAGCUGAAAGUUUGCUGAUUGCUGUUAUGGCGUAUCUUGAGACCUCAAGCGUUGUCUGAGUAACAUUGUGCAGUAAAACAUCCUUGUCCAGCUACUGACCGUGCACGAGAAUUGUAACAAGUCCUCGCUAGUGAUGUCACUGGAAAAGCGGAUAGCCUCGUGAUGAAAGCGCUGGCAUCCGAACGCGUUGGUGGUCAGUCCGAAAUCAAGUGUCACGUGAACUCUCCCUAGUCUACCCGAUUGUUGUGUGGGUACUUGACUGUAGACAGUUGGGUAGAGUGGUACAGGAAAGGGACAGACAAUAAGGAACUGAAGCAGCUGUAAAUGUUCUGUGUUCUCAUCUGGUCAACAGGUCUCUUCGAUAGCCUGUGGACAGAUAACUCUUGUCGUCUACAGACAGGCAACUCUUAUUGUAUGUGUUUGCAGUACUUGUGUUAUCUUUAAAUCCCAGAGAACACUUUAAUACUGUUUCCUGUAUAGAGAUAUUAGUCGACUGUGAUCCAAACAAUUUCCGCUAUGUUUACACUCUAAAUAUGUAUGAUAUUGAAUAAUGUUUGCCUAUAUUUAUAUAUACUGUAGAAUCUGUAGCUAUUGUACAUAUUUUUACACUCUUGUAGUACGCCACUUGUACAGACGCUUCCAGAAACUGCCUUGGUGUCAAGUCUUGUGUGGUGACAGUUUGUCCGUCAAGUGUUUUGUGAGAUAAAGUUUGUUGAUAUAUAUAUAUAUUCUCUACAGAUGUGUCGACAUUAAAAUGGCACCUGUUGCAUUUUACGCUUCACCUCGGCGUGACUGUGAAAGUUGCAGUCGUCCUCGGACACCUUGCAAACAGCGGGAUGUCCUGUCCCAUGAGGCAGUGUUCUGCCGAGUGAGGUGGUCACAGUGCUCUCCCAAUACAAAAAGUACAGAUAUGAUUUGCUCUUUGUCGCAGCAACGGACACAGUGACGAACAGAAAAAAUUCUUACCUCAUACAUAGCAUUGUACGAAAUUUUAAGAUCAUGAAAUAUUAUUUUCUGUAAUCCUGUCCUGUAGCCCUCUGGAUAUUUACGACUGGAUUACAUUUGAUCCACGUAGCAUGUACGUGAAUGUAUAAAGCGUGUUGCUGAGCAUCAGGAGUGUGUACAAUCUCCUACAUCUCGGGUGCAACAGACUUGAGGUCAGGUGGCGUUGGCCGGCGAACUGUACAGCAGCUGCUAUUGGCUGAAUUUGAUGACCCCAUGACCUUCCGGUGUCUGCUGUUGUUUUCUAGCUCUGCAAUUCCUGUUUACCCUCCUUGCGUCCAGUUUCCUUGCCUGCGGGCAGCUGUAAGCAUUACUGUCUAGUCUUCUCGCCAACAGGCAGGUCUAGGCGUUGCUGUCCACUUAUUUUUGCAAAAUGCAAACGCUUGCAUGCACGUUUCCAGAAACUUAUUCUAAUUUCGUUUUUUUGAAACGGAGAGAUAACUGAUUUUUCAUCCCUCGCCAUAGAAGAAAGUGGAUAUGUCUGUAUCGUUAUAUUUCUCGUUACUGUCUUGACCAUGAACACACUUUGUUCACAUAUUGUCAUUGUCUAGCAAACAGUUUUGGAUGCCAAUUGUGAGCAUUGCAUAGAGCGAAAUAUACACGUGGGGCGAAAGUGUUUUGUUUAUCUUGUCUGUAGACGUGGAGCCAAAGUGUUUGACAGUUCAUCUUGUCUGCAGUUGUGGGUGACUGGUUUUUGUUGACUUAUGUAUAUCUGUUUGGUUUGGAUAAAGAAACAUCUUAUUCGGUAUUA